CAGUGUGGUUGUCCAAAAGUUUUCGUUGUUCGACUAUAACUUAUAUGGCGUCUGCAACCUGCAACUGUUACGAUCUCUCUCCUCUCUCUGAAGAAUAUCUGAAUAUUGUGAUGUAGUCGGUGUUUUGAAACUUGACAGAUAUUUCAUCGAGAAGGCAAUCAUGAGUGAUGUUCCGUGCAUCACGUACAUGGCACUAUAUAUUCUAUCCCUGCAUGUUAUUCAGAGCAAUUCAAGGGCUUCGACAGGUUGGAGGUUAGAUCCAGAGGAGGGAAAAAUUGUUCAAACAACGAUAUAUCCGAAUGCAUUUGGUCCUCAAAGUACAGAGGAUCUCAUUUUUGACAUCAUAUCAUCUACCGUUCAUGUUGGAAACACAUGGACGAAAACUGCAUCUGGCAGUCUUUGCAAAGAAUGUCAUUUAACAAAUACCUCUGAGAUUGGUUCAAACAGUGGUCCAAACAGAAGUAACAGUUCUACAAAUUCUACCAGCCAUUCCUCAUCUCCAUCUGGAAACAAUAAGCGUCGUUGCAAUGGAACUGUCACUGGCGGUUCCAAACCUAAACUGACAGCACCAGAUGGAACCAUAGUAAAAGUAAAGGAAGGCAAAUCCAAAUCUGGGGAUAGUGAACAACUAGAUUGUGGAAAGCCUGUGAAUUUUACUUAUUAUGACAACCUAUUGGGCAUUUCAAAUCGUCAAUCGCAUCCACAUGUCCCAGAACUUCAAAUGGAAUUGAUAUUCAAAAAGAAAAUGAUUAAAGAUCAAGAUGUGGAAAACUUAGAGAGGAAGUUGAGGAAAGCAAAACGUGAUAAACCAAAAUCUGUUAAGUUGUACAACCAGAUAGGCAACUUUUGGCGCAUUAAAGGUGACACACAGAAGUCCAUUGAAUGCUUCAGAAGGGCCCUGGCUGUUUCACCAGACAAUGCUGAGGUGUUACUGAACUUAGCAAGAGUUAUGCUGAAUCUUCAGUAUUGGGAUGAUGCACUGAAAUUGACUGUUUGGUCACUUGAUAAAACUGAUAAAAAUGCCUGGCAGCAGCACUUCACGCUAGGUGAAAUAUUUAAGGCUAUAGGUCAAUACCGCAAUGCUUCAGCUCAUUUGAGGCAUGCUGUUGAGUUGAAGCCUGAUUUUGAACCUGCUAUUGAGCUGUUGCGUAGCAUUGAGGAAGCCACAAAUGUGCAUUACUACACAUUAUUCAUUAUCUUUUCAUUGGCAUUGGCUGUUCUUUUAGUCAUUCUUGUAGGCUGCUCCAGUGAUUCGUCAGAUGUUGAUGAUUCUGAUGCCAAAGCACAACGUCAUUUUAACAAACCGCUAAGUAUGCGGUCACUUAAACUUGGAAUCCAAUCACGCAGCUUCCGUUCCAAAGGAUCAUCCAAGAAUACCAGUCAUAAUUAGAUCCCACACUUCAGUCGAACAAUUUUGUUUUAAUUUUAGUCCAUUACUGCAUAUUCUUGUAGUAGCCAUCUCUUUUUUGUUGUUUCUUCACCUCUCUUAAGACUGGAAUUCUUUGCAAGAUUCAACUUUUGUUGUGAUUCCUUUGUGUUCAAGUUUUAUUAGUCUCACCUUGUGAUAACGUAAUUGUAUGUUCAAUAUAGUUGUAAUUACUUUGGUUGUAGUUUAUGUACUACGUACAUAGUUUUAAACUGAGAGCCCUCAGUACAAAGUUGUAUUCUUGUCAUGUGGAAAGUGGUGUGACCAACUUCCAUGAUAUAAUUUUUACAUUGAAUGAGAUCUUACAUUUCUGAAGUCAUAUUAUUUACUAAUUUACAGCAUGAAAGAUGAAAUCAAGUCCCAGCUGUUGCAGUACCUGUAUUUUUACAGUAUCUCUCAUUUUAUUACUCAGCAGGAAAAUCUGGUUUUCAAACAAAGUUUUGAUUCUAUAACUUCUUCAAGGUGAAAUCCCUUGUUUAGUAGUAAGCAUUGCUUGCUUAAUAUAAUUUAUUUGCACUAUGCACAAUAGUCAUUACUUCCAGUUUUGAUGGAAAGUGGUAAAACCUAUGUUUGAUGUGUAACUUUAUACAUUCUGGUGUUCUAUAAUUCUCUUCUUCCUGUACUUCCACUGUCCUUAACCACUCUCAUCAGACCUUUAAAAGUAAAAUUAAGGAACUGAAUCAA